GCAACGUACAUUCUUGUGAAGAUGCGACUGUUUGGAGUGCUGCUAGCAGCGUCAUGGGCGAUCAUCGCAAGUGAAGCUUCGUCGAGGCUGGACGUGAUCGAUUUGCCGACAGGGUUCUUUCCGGAAGGCAUCACCAACGGCGAAGGAUGGACAGCCUUCGUGGGCUCAUUGUUAAGUGAGAGCUCCACUAUAUUCCGCAUUGACGUAGCCUGUGAUUUCAUGUUGCUCUUGACGAAUCUACUUCAUUUCCCGAUCGGUUCAUUUUGGUGAUUAUCGACACACGGUCUAGAAAUUGGUUCGUCAUAUCCCGGGAAAAAUGUUGCCACUUGAGCGACUGGACGUAUGUAUCCGAUUCGCUCAGUAACUGCGGAGGGUACCAGAUCGCGUAUGCUUCCCCUCCAUCAAUCCAGGAGCUGUUCGCUCCCCCUGCCCUCCUUAGCACUGGUCCGUCCCACCUUUGUCAGUAUUCUAACAACUACGGCAUGCACGGCUACGAGUGUACCUUCCUUCGUACGCCAUGCCAGCGUCUGGAGGCAUUGUGACCCCAUCGCGCUCCCUUGGCCUGUACUGGCGAGGUUCCAAUAACG